AUGUCGUGCCUCUGUCUUCACGGUCCUUCUGGGUGCGGCAAAACAACAGUCAUCCAUCGGGCUCAUGAAUUGGCUGCAGCGAAUAAGGAUAUUGUGACCCUCCAUAUUGACGACUCGACCGACCCGAAGUCGCUUAUUGGUGGCUUCCAGCAAAUUCCAAAUAAACCUGGGAGAUUCGAAUGGCAGAUGGGAGUUCUAGCGAAAGCUAUGGUGGAUGGGUCAUGGGUAGUGAUCGAAGACAUCGACAAGGUGUCCAGUGACGUGUUGGCCAUUCUGCCGAGCCCUAACGACGAUGAGACCGGCUACCUUGUGCUUGAGCAGAAUAGGACUCUGAGAGUCCACCCGGACUUCGUGCUCAUUGGGACUGUAUCAUCGCUGGCCAGUAGUCAACCAGGCAUGGGAUCUUCCCUUGAUUUGCUGUUGGCCUCUAGCACUUCUCUCCAAGCAUGGACACACGUGAUGAUGCCUCCGAUGACGGGAGAGGAGAUGGAGACCUAUAUUGCUGCCAAGACUUUGGCGUUUCCAGCUUGUGGAGAGGCUAUCGCUGAGGCUUAUCAACGAGUUAAUACAGCUAUGGAAGAGCAAGGCGUAUCGCGGAAGUUGACCCCGAAGGACUUCAGACGGGCCAUAGAGCGCUUGGGACCACUUUCGGUGAAAUGGCCUCAUCGUUGGCCAUUGGCUGAGAAUACCAGGCUGCGUAUUGCGAGAGAGCUUUAUGCGGUUUGGGUGGCGCACGUGUUCGACCAGAAGGCUCGAGAGGAAGUGUAUGGCGCGCUCCGCGAGCUCGAUCAGGCGCUCUCACUUCCCUCGGGUUCUGCUGCAUCGGAUAGCGCUCCUGAGGUGUCCCUCGAUCGCUCGAAUGUAUCCAUCGGCACUGACGUUGAGCCGCUGGUCCAUCGGAGAUUGCUGGAGUUCCUCGCAAAAUGUGUUGUGUACAACGAGCCAGCGUUGUUGGUGGGUGACACUGGGUGCGGUAAAACUACGACUGUUCAAUGCCUUGCACGCAUGCUCAAUCGAGAGCUGAUGGUUUACAACUUCUCCGACCAGAGUGAAGCGCAGGAACUGAUUGGAGGGCUUAAGCCGCUGCCACUCGAUGCGAACGACUUAAUCAAGCGUUGGCACGUUCUGAUGGACAAGACAUUUUCGAAGAAGUCUAACGCGGCUUUGGCGGCUCACGUUGAUAAAGUAGCACAGAAGAAGGGCGGAGCGAAGGCCCUCGCGAUUGUAUUGGAAACAUGCAAGAAGGCGAUAGCGGCUGGUAGGGAGGAAGAGGAAUGGAAUAAACUCGCGCAGGACUGUAAGGCGGCGACUGAGACUAAGGUUUCUCUGAGAUUCGAGUUUGUCGAGGGUCAGCUGCUCACUGCUUUACGCACUGGCGCUUGGCUUGUCCUCGAUGAGAUCAACUUGGCACCGGGAGAUGUUCUCCAACGUAUUGCGGGCCUCUUGGAACAAGGAGCGAGCACGGUAGAAAAUCCCAAGUACUUUGAUGUUCACGAGGCAGGCGGAGCUGGUGUGAGGAUUCCGAUCCAUCCGGACUUCCGGUUGUUCGCCUGUAUGAACCCCAGUCAUCUUGGGCCGGCGAAGAAGCCGCUUCCUGCUGGUAUCCGAGCGCGGUUCUGUGAGUACUACGUGGACGAGGUGGUGGAGGACGCCGAUCUGAUCCAGCUGGUUACUGAUGGUUUGUCGAAGCACCUGCCCAACCCUCCGAGCGAGGCGGUGGUUAGCGUCUAUAAGAAGGUCAGAGAGAUGGCUCGAGAUGGCCACUUGAGCGACGGUCAAGGCGGGAGGCCAGUGUUCUCAUUGAGGUCCUUAGCGAGAGCGCUGAGAUUCGCUAGGACCUUCGUGAAAAGUCCACGGUAUCGGCAUCAUGAUGGAGGGAUGGAAGCUGUUCGGGAAGGCCUAGCGGUUACCUUCGCUGGAGUCCUGUCGGAGUCGUCCGAGGCGAAAGUGAUGGAGGAGAUAAAUCGAUCCUUGCCGGGACCGUCCAAAGUCCCGCGCAGGAUCGGCCAGGCUGCCGGCUCAUUGGACGUAGUCGUAGAGAAGGAGGCGGUGUGCAUCGAGGGUUACUGGAUCGCAAGGGGUCCUAUGGAGAUAGACGUUCAGAGGCUGCUGAGAGACUUCUGUGUGACUGAGUCGGCGCGCCGCAACUUGAAGAAAAUAUUGCGAUGCGUAUCCGGAGUCGUACGGCCGCCCAUAUUGCUUGAGGGGCCUACUGGUGCAGGGAAGACGUCUUUGGUGAAGUUCGUAGCUGCUAUGACCGGUCAUGGCUGUGUGAGAAUAAACAACCAUGAGCACACUGACUUACAGGAGUACAUCGGGCAGCACGUUUAUGAUCAUGGAGUGCUCAAGUUUGAGGAAGGGCCCCUUGUGAAGGCUUGCCGCGCGGGAGCGUGGGUCGUGCUGGAUGAGCUCAACCUUGCUCCGAGUGAGGUGCUGGAGGGAAUCAACAGGUUACUUGAUGAUAAUCGCGAGAUUCACAUUGCGGAGACUAACACAACCGUUGUCCCCGAUCCCGACUUUGUCGUAUUCGCCACGCAGAAUCCCGCUGGGGGAGACUAUGGAGGGAGGAAGCAGCUGUCGAGGGCUCUCAGGAACCGUUUCACGACGAUGUGGAUCGACUCGCUAUCUUCUGAUGAGCUUCGAGCUAUAUUGCAGCACAAGUGCCAACUGGCUCCUUCGAUCGCGGCAGCUAUGGUGAAGGUGUAUGAGGACCUGAGAGCCCAUCGGAAUGUUGACGCUCUCCUUGCUGGAGGGGGAACGGAUCUGAUCACGAUCAGGGACAUACUGCGUUGGGCUCACAGGAAGCCUGGCACCAUGGAAGAGUGUGGCCUUGAGGGUUGGUGCCUGCUGNNNNAAGAUCCGCCCAGUCCGAAGAGAGCUCGGGUGAGGUCUGAGUUAAGAGCUCUGUGGAGGGAAAUAGCAGACUUGCGAGCUGAUGUGAAUCACGAUCGGAGCAUAGAUCACGACUUGUUCGCCUGGCAAGACGGUCCUGUAACAAGAGCUAUGCGCGGCGACGGUCACUGGGUGUUGCUCGAUGAGGCCUCCUUAGCCACUGAUGCUGUUCUGGAGCGGCUAAACUCGGUUCUGGAGGCAGGUGAAAGGAGUGUGAUGCUUGCUGAGAAGCCCGGUGGAGAAGUUGUUGUCGGCGGGGAUAAGUUCAGUUUGAUGAUGACCAUGAAUCCUGGUGGGGACUUCGGCAAGAGAGAGCUCAGUCCGGCGCUGAGGUCGCGUAUGACUGAGAUCUGGGUCAAGGCUCUCGACUAUGCCGAUGAGAAUGACGAUUCUGAGGCCAGCAGGCUCAUACGGAAGCUCCUGAGCGACGAGGCGAAGUCACUGAUGCCGUCCAUUCGUCGCGCUGUUGCUUGGGUGGUUAAGAACAUCCCGGCACAGAUUCUACCGAUGUCGAUCCGUAAUGUGGGUCUGUGGGUGAGCGCCUGUAAUGAGCUUACUUGCAUGAGCCUGGGCGAGCGCUACUUACAUGGCGGCACUAUGACCAUUGUUGAUGCCUUGAUGGACGCCCCUGAUCUGCAGAUGGAGGCUAUGAGGAUGCUCGAGACACAGACCCCACGGGACACUGACUUGAGCAAGUUUGGUCAAGACGGUUACCAGUGGGUUCGGGACGCUGUACGACGGGGCGAUUCUGAUGGCCUGGGCCCUUUCUCUAUGCCGGCUCCUACUAUGGGCGCUGCCGCAGCACCUAUCCCUUUCGACUUCGCCGCUCCUACAACUGCUCUCAACUUGGGACGUAUUUUACGAGGUUUGACUGUUGGUAAGGGGAUGGCAGUGUUGCUUGAGGGACCGCCGGGGACUGGUAAAUCCUCGAUCAUCGCGGCAUUGGCGGCUCGUUGUGGGAGGGAGCUUGUAAGGAUCAAUAUUUCUGAGCAAACGGAAAUAGCUGAUUUGGUUGGACAGUUCCUCCCCGCGGCUGGCCAGGGCGGCCACGAGGUGUCAUUCGCAUGGUCAGACGGCGUUCUGCUGUCCGCAUUGAGAAGAGACAAUUGCUGGGUUUUGCUCGACGAGCUCAACCUGGCUCCUCAGCCCGUGCUGGAGGGGCUCAACUCCCUACUCGACCAUCGUCGAGAGCUCGUUGUCCCUGAGACUGGCGAGCGAGUCAGAGCUAAGGCCGGCAGCUUCCAGCUUUUCGCGACGCAGAAUCGUAUGGUUGACGGUGGCGGACGAAAAGGUCUCCCCAAAUCCUUUCUUAACCGCUUUGUGAAAAUCGCGGUAUCUGAGCUCUCCUCAAAGGACUCGGAGUCGAUCUGCAAGAGGCUCUUCGGUGACGACAUGUGGAACUCGGUCUGUGAAGGAGUUGUCGAAUCUGUCCGGAUCGCUGGAGAUAUGCGGUUCAAGGGCGGCAGUGGAUGGGAGUGGAACCUCAGAGAUGUAGGUGCUUCGAGUAUCAUCCUCGGUGCAGCGACGAGCCCAUCCAGGCUGCAAACCCAAGAAGACCGCGAGGCUUUACGUCCUAGCGUGUGGGAGGCUUCGUCGAACCAGCAAUGGGCAGGAGAGUGUGAUGUUGAGGAUGUCGAUGUGGGUCCGAUGCUCGUCAGAGUGGCGGAGGCUUUCGCGAACUCGAGAGUUGCCGAUUUCGUGGCGAGUGACGCUGACAUACUGCAGUGUCAGUCGUUGGGGCUAAGUGCUGGUUGUGCUGCUGUUCUCAACAAUUGGCCAACUCUAUUGAUUGGUGACGGUGGCAGUGGGAGAAGACGAAUGGUAGAGAUCCUCGCCGCUGUCGCUGGUGUCAAGCUCGUGAGCAUCAGGAUGCAUGCUCAAAUGGACGCUAAUGACCUGGUUGGUCAGUUCGUACAGAAGCCCGGUGGAGGGUUUCAGUGGGUUGACUCGCCUCUGGUGUGUGCGCUGAAGUCAGGCGAUUGGGUUCUCUUCAACUCGGUAGAGCAAUGCCCCUCAGCGGUCGUUGAUCGUCUCAAUGCUUUGCUCGAGGUCGGCGGUAAACUGCAAGUGCCAGAACGAGGGCGAGCAAACCCGGAAGACCUGACAGUCACGCCCAAUCCUGCUUGUCGUCUCUUCUUCACGGCGGAUGCUCGUCAUGCUCACAUGGUGUCGAAUCCACUGCGGAAUAGAUGUGUCGAGAUAUUCGUAGGUAGCUGUGCUCAGGGUGGUGACUUGGAGAGGGUCUGCAUGGCUGCGUCUGGAGGCUUAGUCGAGAGCCUCGCCAGUGUUGAAGACAUGCAAGGUAGCCAGCUGCAAGCGAUCGCUCGUGAGACGAGUAGAGCUGUAGCCCUGGGGGACCACUUGCGGGUGGGAGAGUCCGAUCUUCGUCUACUCAAGCCAUCGUUCUGCGGGUACUCUCUUGUGGCCAAGACCAUAAGCGCUGCUUGUGUGGUAGCAGAGGAGAUCUCGGACGAGCCUGUUGGUCAGUCCUACGCGUACCAAUGGAUGCUUGAAGGAACUGUCGGCACACCCUGGGACGUCAAGACGAGGAUUGAGAAUUUACCUUCGAGCUUGAACGUGGCCCCUGAGGUUGUGAGAAGCAUGGCCGUGCUCUCUGCUACUGAUAGGAGAUGGGUGGCCAAAACUUAUCUACGGUUGCCGGCCAAGCAGGGUACGUUACUCUAUCAGGUUGGCCAUCCCGAGGAAGCCGACGACUUGACCUUGCUGAGCGGGAGACGACAGUUGCUGAUUAAGACGGUGAGAGACAACAUCGUCGAGCUCCCAAGAGACCCUCGGGUCAUGCCUCACUUCUGUCGGCUAUUGAUGGUGUUGGACUCCUACGACCAACUGAGCGCACAGGCAGAGACAAGUAUUCUGAUAUUCCUGCAGGAGCUUCUGGACGCCCGUGAGGUUCAGUCGUCUCGGGCUACUCGGCCGCCUGCUGCCGCUGUGGCCUGCCCGGCUCAUCUACCCAUGUACGCGAGCGCCAGUGAGUCCACGUUGGAGCUUGUUCUGGAGACUGCCGUUAGGAACGUCAGUACUCUCUACCAAUCCUUCCCGGGCGAGCACCAUGCUCAGACCCUCGGGGAUCUCCUAGCACAAAUACGGAGUCUAGGGAUCUUGAAUCGGCGAGCCAGAGCUAAUGACGAGGAAGCCGGCGACAAAUUGGCUAAAUUGGAGGCGGCCUUACUUGAAGCUGUGACUAGGAUCGUCACUACUACUCGAGAACAACACGAAAUGACUGCUGCCGAUGACUCCGCGCUCAAGCCGAUGUGGCCCGUCGAGCUUCUGAAGUGUUCUGGUGAACCCAGCGCUCAGCGUUACGACGAUUUGUCGCUAUCUUGUCCUUGGUCGGUCAUUGACGGUUUAGCCUUGCAAACCGAGGCUACCUGGAGCACGGGUACGAUAGCCAGCGACUUGGCUUCUGUAGAGAAGCUCUACUCCAGGCUGAGUCGACGAGGUCCUGAAACUCUUAUUCGAGCACAUGGGGGAUGGGCCACCAUCCUGGGUGCCUCUGUUGCUGAGGCGGUACUUCGAUGGCCGAUAAGUGAAGUACCCGAGGCGGCGAAACUGGCGGCUUACAUUCGAGAGGUUGCGCCCUCUGCGGCAGAGGUCGAAGAAGCUGUUAGUCUCAACUGUGCCAAUGUUAUCGAAAGAUGUUGUCGGGAAGCCGGAGACCUACCAGUCUUCGUCGACGGUACGAUCCCUAUAGCUCAAAUAUGCAGCCAGGCUUUGAAUGAGGAGACUGAUUCCUACGCGAGGCUAACUAUGGCCGCAGCGUGGCACCUCGUCCUUGGUGCAGGAAUCUUGCAUCUUGAGACGGACCCCACAGAGUCUCGAUCAGCUUGGUGCAUCAACGUCCAUCGGUUCAUCAGAGACCAGGAGAGUGAGCUCAACAUAAGACAACGCUGCCUCGAUUUGGCUGCCGUGGGAGCUGAUGGUAUUGCAUCUCUUCGUCGAGCGCUCGAGAAGCUGACUAAGAGUGUAUCUGCAGUAGAAAACACUCUGUGUGUCCGAGAGAUCCCCGAGAGUCGGCCUGAGACGGUUGAUGAAUCUGUUUGGGAAACCAGCGGGCUCGCUGAUAUCAAUAGGGAAGAAGCUAACUAUAGAGAGUUGCGGACUAUCGUCCAAGGCUUCGUGCAAUCAGUGGUGGUGCCUUUGAUAUCUGACGACAGCUGUCGGUGGCGCAAGGAGGGACUAGAGCUUGACGAGGCCAUGGUGAUGGUACAGAGCGCUGCGAGCGUGGCUGAGACCUUAACGACUUCUUUCCCGGCUCAUUCUGAUAUUACCCGUCCGCUGGCGUUAGACUGCCUGGCGAUGGCUUCGGGUGUCGCCGCUAUCGCCUUGAGGAGGGACAAGGGGAAGGAAGCUUUGCAUGUCAGGGAUACUCUGGGAAGGGUCCAUCUCCCUCUACGGACGAGUUCUCUCGCCGCUGAGGAGUCUGAUGAUGCUGCCUAUGAUCCCACUAUCGCUUCGCUGGCACUCCGUUCCUUCGGCGUUGCCCGUUGUCAAACAGGUCGAGUUGACGACGGCCGAUGCACCGCUGUGGAGCACGUGGAUGCCCUGGUUUCGGAGUUCGAGCGCUUAGAAGAGGAAGAGGCACUUAGCAAAGAUGAAGGCAUGAUAAGACAGAAUGAGGUGACCUUCAUUGAGCGGAUGAGAGAGCUGACGAACGAAGAUGACAAUGAUCUGGAGAAGUUGCAGCAAGAAUACAACGUGAAGCUGUUCGAGGAUGCUUCGCAUAGCAGAGUUAUACGCCAACUAGAGAGUGACGAUGUUCUCGCUGAUAUCGGGGCUCCUGGAGAGUCUGCCGAAAUGGUUGAUGAGGAUGACGAUAUUGCCUCCUCCCGCGCUAAGCUGGGCACUAGUGCUGAUGCCCUUCGUGCAUUGGACAACCUGUCGGGUCUGCUGGUACACGCUGUUACGGACGAGGAUGGCGCGGCUGACGGUGAAGGUCUUAUGGACGAGCUCCUCGGGGAGGCCUGGGGAGAUGUAUUGAAGAGCAUCAAGGACGAUGAGCUGGUGACAGGCAGGGCAUGUGCUCCAGCUGAUACCAUCGUUGGUCCGUGGGUUAAUGAGGAUGGUCUACCUCUGGUGCUGGGUAGACUGAGGCGUCUGACUAGAGACCUUGAUAGGAAGGUCGCGGGAGAGGAGCUGAUGCCGUCUGUUGAGAAGGAGGAGAAGGAAGUAGAGGAAGCCGAUGAGGGUGUAGAGAAGGAUGAGAGCGAGAUGACUCUGGACGAGCUGGAGGCACUAGAGAGAAGACGCUUGAAGAGGGAGAGCGAACUCAAGGUUCGUCUCCGAGAUGUUAUCAACCGUAAAGGAGCUCGAGCGACGGAGAAGCUGUCCUUCUAUUUGGAGUCCGCUGAUGGUCGGGCGCUUGACCUCCUCAAUUGCCACUUCGUUCAUCCUCUCACUCUGCUCCUCAACCAUCUGGAGUCCAUAAAUCGGGCCAUCCCAGAGGGCCAUCCCGCUGUGGACGCCUGUCUGCGUGCGGUGAAGAAAUUCCUAGAGUCAUGCACUCUGGGUUCGACGAGUCCCAUGUCCGCGUUACUCAUGCUCGAGGAGUGUCUGGAUCGUUAUGAUGCUUUGGUCCGAGCUGUUCCUUCUCAUCUCCUGAAGGCGGGAGCGAGCGCUGUGAUCAGUGUGAGGCGCUCCGUGGCGACCUUCAGAGCAAUGCAGAUUGCUUCGUGGCGUGAUCUCCGAGCUUCCCGGGAGGCGUAUUGGCGCUCUAAGGCUCGCGGACGCUGGUUCGCCCGACUAUGGUCAGCAGCGAAGAGCACUAAGAUCGACGGUUCUGAUGACAGGCUGAAGGCGGAGCUGUUCGACACGGGCAUGAGAUUCCUCCGCACCUCUCCCUUGGUACAGUUCUCGGAGCGUGUUGUGAUCAUCAAGACUGUUGGCGAUUUGCUUCACGUUCCCGUGCUACAGCAUCUUCAUGGUAUGGCUAUGGUAUGGUUGCCGUACGUGGACAAGCAGAUGGAGAUACACCGAAAGGCACUGGAAAAGGAAGUGAAGGAGCUCAUUCAGUGCGCCCGUUGGGAUCUAGGACCCUCGGCUAACCACGCUGCUUUCCGUGAUAUGACGAAACGGUCGCAUGAGCAGCUAGCGAAGGCCGCGAGAGUGUUUGACUCUGCGGUAUUGGCUCCAACCGAUCCUGUACUGGCGUCCAUCACAUUGACGCCACCAUUGAAGCUCAGCUCUGGAAUGAAGUGUGCGGAGUUAUGCGAAGCGCUCGCCGACACUAAGGCCUUCUUGACGGCUCAACCUGCCCAUCCGGUACAGGCUAAGAAGAGGCAGAUGAUGCAGCUUAAGGACUUCAUCAACGAAGAGAUGCCUUUGCCUCCGGGGAGUUCGGCCAAUAUCGACCUCUCUAGAGAAGUGAUGGCAGUAGAGCCUGCCCUCAGGGAAGUGGGAGGUGACUCCAAGAGAAGCCGAACCUUCAAUAUCUGCCUCCAUGAGUGGCUGAAGUUAUCGUCACUGCAUAAGGCGCCGCCGAAUCUGGACUUAACCAUGGAUCAGUUGAAAUGGUGGAUGCAACAUGUUGUCCAAGAAUUCCAUCAUCUACUCGAUGCGGUCGCUCGUCGUGCUUAUCUACAAUCUGUUGAGGAGGCGAAUGCUGUGCUGAUGAACGUGGACUCCAUAGUGACCAAGGGCACUGAUUGCGUUGUAGCCUUGGUGCAGCUGUUGGACUCGGCAGUCCAUGAAUCUGCGGCACAGGUCUCGGCGAUAGCUUCAGAACCCUUACCGCCCAUUCCCGCUGUAGUGGGAACAUGUCUCGAUUCUCACGGACCUGAGAUCGGCCGAAUUGCAUCUCUUUUGCAUGAAAAUUCCACAGAGGACCAGCACAAUCUGCUGGUUAGACAGGCGUGGGUUGAGACCUUGCGAGAAUCUUCGAGAGCGAUGGCCGAGUAUCUGAGCUCGUCGGGAUGUGUAUCUCUGAUGCCGAGGCUCCGAGAAGUUGCGUCUGAGCUCUCCUCGGCAGCCGAGGACCUCACGGUGGAGCUAGCCCCGGUGGAGGCGGCUGCGGAAUCCGUGGACCUAGCUGACAAGCUAGUCAAGAUUGUCAAUGGAGAGAUGCCGUGUGAUGAUACUGAUGCUGCAGCAGCGUUGAGGAAUCUCAAGGAGGGCAAGAUUCCCGCUGACGUUUCGACCAAUCUUCUUGCGACUUCGGUGGCAUCCAUCGAGGAGAGUUUGGAUUCGUCGUUACUGGCGCUCCAUGCUAUGCUGAAGUUUGUGACUCAUCUGCAUCAAGAGGGUCUCAGCUUAGCCGAAGGGGAGGAUAGUGAAGGUGGAGAGGGACGAGAAGGCACUACCGACUGGCAACAAGGUACGGGUCUUGGUGAAGGCUCGGGGGCUCGAGAUGUGAGUGAUGAGAUUGAGGAUAAAAACACGUUCGACACUGUGCAAGAAGAGAAGAAGGAAGAACAGCCGCAACAGGAACAGCAGGAAACGGAAGAGGAUAAGAGCAAGGGAGUCGAGGUUGGCGAUAUCAUGGACGUUGAUGGCCCGGAGGAGAACGUGCAACGGGAACCUAACGAGGAAGAUGAGAAUGAGGAUAAAGAGGAUAAUAUGGAUAGAGAGAUGGGAGAAGUUGAUCUCAAGGAGGGUGGCGAGAUAGAGGAGAAGCAGAAGGGAACUGAAGAACAGGAUAAGGACGAGGAGGCAUCGGAAUCGGAGGACGAGGAUGGUGGAGAGAAUAAACAGGAUGAAAAUAUUGAGACUAAGGGCGGCGAAAAGCAGUCUGAAACGGAUAUUGUUGCGGCUGAGGACCAAGGAGGAGAAGCGGAUGAGAGAAAUGAUGGCGAGAAUGAGAAGAAUUCUGAGGAAGGCGAAGACAGUAAAGAGCAAAGUGAGGAGGGAGAUGGGAAGGAUGAGGAUGGCGAAGGCAGUAUCAAUGAGGAGAGCGGCGAUGAGGAUGAUGAUGCCUUUGAGGCUUCGUUGGCCAAGGCCAAGGAAGAUCAAGAUGCGGGUGAGGAAGGCGAUGAAAGUGGAGAGAACGCCCAGCAGGAUGGCGAAGCGGAUGAGGAUGAUAUGGACCUCGAUGAUGAUAUGGCCCUCGAUGGCGAGGUUGGUGGUGACUCUGAUGAUGCUGUCACCGAUGAUGAGGAAGAUGCGGACCUGGACGAUGAGGAUGCCAAGUCAGUGCAUGAUGAGGAUAAGCAGAAGGAAGGCGAGGAAGAAGAUGAGACCUCACCGGAAGAUGAGACUGACGAGUUGAACUCAGCAGAAGCCGCUGAGGACCAGGACACUCUGAUGGAGAACGCUGCCGAGGCUGCACCACAGCCACAAAGGAAUGCUACCAACCCUGAAGAUGAGGAAGGAGGCCAGGGUGAGGAGCUGACUGGAGGCAGAGAUAAUGAUGCUCAUAACGAGGAGGAAUCUACUAGAGAUCAGCCCCAGGGAGCAGAGGAUGCGGGUAGAGAUGAGGAAGGUGCGGCGAUUCGGGAGAGUGGACCUCAGGGGCAAUCCAGCAGGGAGCCGAAGAACAAGGCACCACCGGCACCACCGAAUCCGUUGAAGGACUCGGUCGAGGAGGUAGAGAAGUGGCUCAAGCGGAUUCAACUGAUGGACGAGGAUGCAUCUAAAGAGGGAAGUGAGGAGGAGGAGGCCGGAGGAGAGCAGGAAGAGAACAACGAGGAACAGGGUCUCAACAAGGAUGCAACUCAGGACGAGUCGUCCAAGCUGGAGGGCGUGGCGCAGGCAACAGGCGAUAGUGCUGAGCAUGCUGGAGAGCUCGAGCAGGAGGAGGAUGACGAGGCAGCCUCAGAGGUUGAUGAAAUGGAUGUUGAUGAGGAGGAUAAGAUGGAAGAAAACAGGGACGGACUCGGCCCUGCACCGCCCAAGUCGGCUGAGGACAAAACGUUCAAAAACGAACAGAAAGCACGCGAUAAAGCAGAUGAUGAGGAAGAGCCUGAUGCCUCUGGUCAAGAACCGGGUGCAGCUGAUACGAAACACAAGGGCCCCCUGCGCUCCGAGGUUUCCAGGAAUCCGGAAGCUCUCGCUGUACCUGUUGAUGAAGACGGAGACGUGGAGAUGAAUGGUCUGAGUGAGGACAUUAUCUAUAACGCUGGUGGAGAGGGCGAUGCCAGCAAUGACCGUCUGCAGCACAUCGACCGUCUGUCGUCGAGCGUCUGUAGUGAGCUCACUGAGCGAUUGCGUAUGGUCCUCGAGCCCACUAAGCGUGGUGGAAUGCAAGGCGACUACAAGACAGGGAAAAGGCUCAACAUGCGGAAGGUCCUCGCGUGGGUAGCGAGCGACUAUAGAAAAGAUAGAAUAUGGCUCCGGAGGAACAAGCCGAGCAAGAGAGAGCACAACGUCAUUGUGUGUUUGGAUAAUACCAAGUCAAUGCGAUCCAACCAAUCUGGCGAACUAUCCUUGUGCGCGGUUCAUGCUAUCACCCAGGCUAUGUCUCGUCUCGAGAUCGGCACUGUCGGAGUUAGUUCCUUCGGCAGCUCUGUUCGCUCGCUGAGGACACUGGUCUCACCUUCUCCUUUGAACCUACCCGAGCUGUUGCAUCAUUUCAAUUUCGACGAGGAAAGUGCUGGAUCAAUGUCGCGCUCUUUGCCUGCUGUUCUGGACGACUGUGACGAGCAAUUCACCCAAGUUGCGGGCGGUGAUUAUAAGCAAGCAUGUCUGGCCGUUGUUGUGACGGAUGGACGAUUCAAUAAAGAGGCGGUGCGACACUCUGUUCAGAACAUGCUCAGCAAGAACCGUUUGCCAGUGCUCAUUAUUGUCGAUGAGGCUGCCGAGUCUGGUCGCUCUAUUUAUAAUUUGAAGGAGGUGGUUCGAGACCCUACGGGCCGCAGUAGAAUGGCUCCUUUCCUGUCCAAUAAAGACUUCCCAUUCCCCUUCUAUGCAGUGAUACAAGAUGUCUCUCAACUGCCUAAUGUCCUCAGUGAUGUUAUCAAGCAAUGGAUUGAGGCAACUGCGAUGAGGUGA